GAUCCGCGACGAGCUUUUCACGCUGCACGCGGCGUCGCGUGGCCUCCGAAGAACACGGAACAGAACUCUCGAGCACGGGAAGGGGCGGGAAAGCGACUGCCCUCCCCCCCCCGUUCUGCUGGGACGUGUCGCCGCUCCGCCGCGGCAAAGCUGAGAGUUGCGAGUACUGCGAGUGUUCCCGUGCGCCUGACACGCGAACCCAGCCGCACAGCAGUGCACGGGGCUCUAGCGCUGCACGGGAAGCCCGUCUCUCCGCGCACGCGUCCCCGGCGCGGACACUUUGCCGUUUGCACUUUGCACGUUUCACUUCGGCUUCGCAGUCCGGGGUCCGAGCGGGAAGAGUCGGCUCAUCCAGGGAGUUUGGUGGGCCAACAGCUAGGUCCUGUGUGCAGUUGUAAACAGUGAGAUGAUUUGAGCGGGAGGCGUCAUCCGCAGGGAAAUAACCUGGAAAUUCCGCGCCGUUCUGCGGUUUUCGGAGCGGCGGGCCGGGCCGAGCGGAUUCCUGUGCUGCAUUUGAGCCGAACGGGCCGGUAGCUGCCACGUCAGGCUGAGAGGCGAUGGAUGGUUUGGAGGCGCUGCCGGGCUCGGCGACCGAGUCCAAGGCGGAGCGCAUCGCCCGCUACAAGGCCGAGAGACGGCGGGAGUUGGCAGAGCGCUAUGCCAACCUGGAGGACCCCUCUUCCAAGUACGCCCGGAGAGAGAGACACCAGGCCAACCCAGAGAUGCAGGUGCCCAAGCCCGACAAGGCUGCCAAAUCCAGCGCCGAGUCCAGCGCUGCGCCCGGCGAAAAGGAAGCACAGAGCAGAGUGGAUGGGAAGGAAGAGGCAGCUGCCGCUCCGGUCUCCGCGGACGACCGGGCGGCGAGCGAGUCGAGGCACUGCUCGCUGGGUGUGGAGGAAGUCACAGCGCUGAAGGGCAACUGCGAGGUGGGCGGCGGCCCCGGGGCAAGCGUGUCCGUCGACGUGCCUUCUUGUAAGGGGCUAGACGCUGAAACCCUCUCAGAGGAUGCCACACAAGAGGACCCAUGUCGCCAUGCCAACCAAAGUGAACCAAUCAGCAGUGAGGAGCAGCAGACCGCGGCUAGUGCCUCCUCCUCCUCCUCCUCGUCUUCGUCGGCCGAGGACGAGGAGGCACACACAGAGGAGCGGAGUGGGAAGCCAGCCCACAGGGAAGAGAAGCCCUCUGAGGUGGUGAGGAAUGAGGAAGAAGACCACGGCGACGAGGAGGAGACGGGCGGCACGGACACGCCCCCCCAGGAGUCGCGUCCAGGCCCCCAAGCCAAGAAGCCGAUGGAGGAGUCCAGGUCCCUGGCCGGCGCCCCAGAGAGGCACGGGCUCCGGGGCAUCCUGAAGAACAGCCGCUCCGCCAGCCUGGAGGCGGAGCUGACGGAGACCCCGGCAUCGGAGAGCAGCAGGACGCCUGCCGUCACAGGACCGGAGGAGCAGGAGGAGGACGAGGAGGAGGAGGAAGGGGACCGGGUAGACAGAGGGAGCAGGACGGCAUGGACGCGGAGAGGCAGCUCCGGCGAGGCGCCCUGCUCGCCAUCCCCGGAUGGCGUGGAGAGGACGUCGUCUCUGUCGGCAUCCGAGGAGGGCGAGGAGCUGGACAGCAGCGUGGACAGCAGCGUGGACAGCAGUAGUGGCUCCUCCCUCAAGCACAGGCUGGCUGGUGGGCCAGACGGUGAGGAUGACUGUUGUAGUAAGCUGAGGAAGACCAAGGCCAGCGAUGUGGUCCAGACGUCCCUGGCUGAUCGUUUCAGUCAGCUGCAGGACUCUGAGAAAGCCUGGAAAAAGAAGAAGUCCUCGGCCGAGGUGGAGACAAAGAUGUCCCUGGCAGAGCGCAUGAGGAACCUGCAGGGCAAGGAGGAGCAGUGGAAGGCUAAGGGCAAAGGCGCCGCCAACGACUCCACCCAGUUCUCAGUGGCUGGCCGCAUGGCCAAGCGAGGCUUCGUGUCCCCCAGCAGGGAAGACGUGCCUGUCGUGCUCAGCAGGAAAGCUGGGACCAGCACACCAGUGAAGCCUGUAGAAGAGAUCUCCACCCGCCCCGAUGCCGAGGGCGACAAGAGGCUCGACAAGCUGGAGUCUUUUCUGGACAAGCUUCACAGCAAAGGGGCUGGGGGUGGCAAGCCCUCCACCAUCGAGGUGACGGGGGAGCAGGAGAAGGAGGUGAUGGUGCUGGACGAUGAGACGUUUGACCGCUUCUACAAGUGCGUGUCGCCCACGUCCCUGAGCUCCAGGGCGCUCCUGGGCGGCGAGGAGGAUUUCAGCUCCGUCCAGUCCGACACCCCGAAGCUGACAUCAGCAGUGGCGGACCACAGGCGCUCCGUGAGGCCCUCGCGGCGGACCAAGGGCUCGAGGAACCCUCUGCGCACGCUGGCGGCGCGGGACGACCUAAAGCAGGCGUACACCGAGCAGAGGCUCAACGUGGCAAGUGUGGAGACCAAGCGGAUCCAAGUGGAGCGCAUGGCCAAGCACUCCAGGCUGGCUGACUGCGCCCUGGCCGGCUUGGCCAGCAAAGAGAACUUCAGGAACGUGAACCUGCGCAGCGUCAAAUCCACUGAGGUGGUGACCAACAACAGCGCCGUGCCCUUCCACAAGCUCAUGCUGGUCCACAUCAAAGGGCGUAGGCACGUGCAGGUGCGUUUGGUGGAGCCCACCGCCCACUCUCUGAACAGCGGUGACUGCUUCCUGUUGAUCACACCCAAGCAUUGCUUCCUGUGGAGCGGGGAGUUUGCCAACAUCAUCGAGAAGGCCAAGGGCUCAGAGAUGGCGCAGUACGUCCAGACCAAGCGGGACCUUGGCUGCAAGGCUCCCCAGGUGACCGUGCUGGAGGAAGGUGUCAACACGGACAGCCGCUCCGCCAGGGAGUUCUGGAAUCUUCUCGGAGGUCAAAGCGAAUACAGAGCUGCCGGCGACCCCGAGGAAGAUGAGCUGUAUGAGAGCGGCAUUGUGGAGUCCAAUGGCAUCUACAGGCUGGUGGAGGACAAGCUGGUGCCCCAUGACGAGGCGUGGGCCUCUAUCCCUAGCGUGACCCUGCUGAACUCCCGAGAGGCGCUGGUGUUUGACUUUGGCAGCGAGGUGUAUGUGUGGACCGGGAAAGACGUGUCCCUGAGCGACAGAAAGGUGGCCGUGCAGCUGGGUAAACAGCUCUGGGGUGGAGCCUACGACUACAGAACCUGCAGGGUCAACCCCCUCGACCCCUCCUCGGCCAAUCAGGAGAUGCCUUGGCAGGGUGAAGGCAGGCCAGGCUGGGCCCUGUUUGGGAGGCUGUCAGAGCACAACGAAACCUCCCUGUUCCGGGAGAAGUUCCUGGACUGGGCCGAGCGUAAGCCGCCAAAGGAGGAGGUGACAUCAGAGGAGGUGAAGAGUCCAGUGCAACAGCCCUCCGCCAACACCUACGAUUUUGAGCUGAAGGUGUGCGACACAGAGGCCCUGUUGGCCGGGGGAGGAAACCCCGUGCAGAUGGUCUUGGAGGGCGUGGACGUGCAGAGAGGCUACGGGCUCGUGCGUGCCGAGGACGGCCGGCAGGCGGAGCUAGCUACAGUAGCCGUAGACGCCUGGCACAUUCGCGAGUUCGACGACUUCGAGAUCCCGGCGGGGAGCGUGGGCCAGCUGCAUGAGGGCGACACCUACGUCAUCCGCUGGAAGUACUCCAUCACCAGCGUGGUGGGUAAAAGGCAGAAGCCGGGCGAGGCGAGUGCCUCUGGGCCGGGCAGAGUGCGCACUGCCUGUUUCUUCUGGCAGGGGCGUGACUCGAGCGUGAGUGGGCGGGGCACGUCAGCUCUGAUGACAGUGGAGCUGGGCAACCAGAGGGGGGCGCAGGUGCAGGUGACGCAGGGAAAGGAGCCACCGUGCUUCCUGCAGCUCUUCCAGGGAGGGUUGGUCAUUCACCGCGGCUGCAGGGAGGACAGCAACAAAAACAGAGGAGGCUGGCGUCUGUUCUGUGUGCGGGGCGACGUGCCGUGUGAGGGCUCUCUGCUGGAGGUGGAGCGCCGCAGUGCCAGCCUGCGUUCCCGCGGCUGCCUGGCCUUGCUGGGCGUGGCCCACGGCUGCCUCUAUCUGUGGCACGGCUGCAAGGCCCACUCCGGGACGCGCGACAUCGCCAAGACGACAGUGGAGCGUCUCACGCACACCUGUCUGCCACAGCUAGGUCUGAGUAGCAACAGCAGUGUGAAGGUAUGGGAGGUAGAGGAGGGGUCAGAGCCACAGGGCUUCUGGGACGCCCUUGGCCAACAGGACAGGAAGACAUACGACUGCAUGCUGCAAGAUCCGGGGAAGUACAACUUCACGCCGCGCCUUUUCUGCCUGAGUGCCUGUGGUGGAACCUUCGAGGGGGAGGAGCAGCUGAGCCCAUCCAGAGUGCCCAGCGUUGUUAUGGCGAUGCCCUUCCUGCAGGAAAACCUUUACUCCACCCCUCAGCCAGCUCUGUUCCUCCUGGACAACAGGAUGGAGGUGUACCUGUGGCAGGGCUGGCAGCCCGACGAUGCCGAGCAGACCGGCUCAGCCAGAAUCCGCUGGGACAACGAGAGGAAGUGCGCCAUGGAGACCGCGCUGCAGUACUGCAAAGCAAAGAACUCCAGGCGGCCGCCCCAGGCUUAUCUGAUCUUGGCUGGAGCUGAGCCACUCACUUUCACUAACAUCUUCCCAUACUGGGAGAAGGAUCCAAGCAUCAGAGUGCAGGGUGUGCGGAAUAAGGUGAUCCUGGUGGAAGAUGCUCUCUCCAAGCUCAGCAAGAACCAGUACUCCCUGGAGGAGCUGACCGCCAAACCACUGCCCGAGGGAGUUGACCCCUUGCACCUGGAGCUCUACCUGUCUGACAAGGACUUCCUGGCGGUCCUGGAGAUGACACGGGAUGAGUUCAGUACUCUCCCCAACUGGAAACAGCUGAACCUGAAGAAGAGCAAAGGCCUCUUUUAACAGCCAGAACUAGCCUGUGUGUGUGUGUGUGUGUGUGUGUGUGUGUGUGUGUGUGUGUGUGUGUGUGUGUGUGUGUGUGUGUGUGAGUGUGUGUGUGUGUGCCUGCGUGUGUGUGUGGGUGUGUGCGCGCGUGGGUGUGCGUGCAAAAUCUCUUCAUAUAUAGCGAAAGAAAAUGUACAGUUUGAACCUUUUUAAAGGAUAAAGUACUCAUUCUCUUUAAGAAUGCAAUUUUGUGGAGAACUCCAAUUAUUGUAGCAGUCCAGUGAACUGAAAGGACUUUUACCUACCAUAAAUAUGUAUGAGCUGAGGAUAUCUUGUGAUUGAUAACUUUUCUGUUUAACUGUGUACAAGCUUGAAUUAUGAAUGUGUAACUUUUCCCCCACAUUUUAUGAAGCUGUGAUGUUAAAUGUGUAUCCUUUAAGAACACUAACUUUCUUGGAUGAAAUGUGUAUGUUUUUCUCUCCCUAGCGGUGUGUCAGAAACCAUAAGAGGAAAAAGUGCUUUCAAAGCAAUAUGUGUACACAGGUAUGUGCGGUGCAGCAUGUACCAGGACAAAUUGUAGUUCAGUUAAUAUAUCCUGCAGUGUUAUAUGUGAUUGGUCUUUAUGCUGUGGCCUUCCAGUAUGUACUGCCUUAUAUCUUUGUCAGUUAUCAAUAACUCACCUUUCUAAAUCAACUAGCCGUGCCGUGUACGAAACUGUCCGGUGUGGGUUUUUGUUACUUUUGCUAUAAGUGCCUUUGCCAAACAGAAUGGGGCCAUUCUAUCUUUGAUCACUAGGUGUCAGGCUUAUCCACCCACGAUUCAAUGGUGGACACGUCCAACCCACUUGGAUGGUGCAGUAAGCACAGAACCGCCACUAACACCGAUUUUCAGAAAAGAGCCUGGUCAUGGCUAGACCUUACAGUACCAUAAACGCCUUGCUUGGGUUUGUAUGCCUAAUAAAGCUGUUGGGGGCCUUAACAUUCAUGUGUUUUGACGUUCUCAUUUACAGCUAAUGAGAUAUCAGGUCUAUGCAAAGGCACUAGGCCUAGUGGUAAUCUGGACGUUGUUAUAGAAUAUUAAUACGGAACACUGUACAAAAAUAAAGCUUCUAUCUCCCAAUAAAGGUUCGAGCAAUAACGGCCAAA